AUGGCAGGGUAUCGCGGACAACAACGAGUGCGACAGCAAAAAGUCUUCUACCAAUGUGAACCGGAGGGCAGUUCGAAUUGUGUCUGUCUUGACAGGAAGUUCAUCGCCACGCAAGAGCUCCUUCCAGUGGAAGAAGUGGAGCGUCUCGCUAGCUCUGUGCUUGCGGGCAGUUGCGAAACAACUCCUCUGACGAUGAUCGUCUACCCCGACAGACUAGCUUUACAAGUCCGUAAGCAAGGUACCCAGUUGCCGGAAAUUUUCUACGACGACAUUAUUCAAUUUGAGGCCGUUCCCAAUAUGGCGGACACCUACUUCCUACUCUCUGGUCGAAAGAGCAGUGUGGGAAUGUACUUCUUCCUUUGGUUCAGUGAUCCCAGCGUAGUGACAAAAAUAAGGCACCUUAUUACGACGGCAAAUCCGAGUGUACGCCUCAUGAGCGGUCCUACCCACGACAGGAAUGGCACGAUGAACAGUAGUCCAAUAAACAUCGGUACGUCAACAGGAUCGCAAAGGCGGCUGUCUUCGCCACCGCCGUUGUCAACAACCCAGGUGUACCAUCAACAACGAUCAAACGAUGCAAACAAAAAGGAUAAGAUUUCCCACCAGAAUCUGUUCGUACAGUGGACCGGUAGACCGAAGACUCGGAGCCAACAACGUCAACGACCACAUCAUGAAAAUACUUCUACCAUCCCAUAUAAUGAACCGCCCAAGCGAAACAGAUCUGCAUGGCGUCGCGGCAGAAGUGCCAGAAGCACUAGCACUAGUGAAAGUAGGAGCGGAAGCAGUAGCAGAAGCAGCAGCAGCACCAGCGGUGUCAAUCAGGGUUCUGUCUUCUAUCUUAUUAAAAGACAACCGAGGAAAUACUCGAAUUCACCACAACCCAUUUACAGAUCCCAGAGCCACUCAAAGAAUCGCCGACGCCCAGUUGUGUCGCCCAUAAUACGAGCGCCGAUGAGGGAGCAACGAGAUCCCAUUUAUGCAAGCAUGCCAACAUCCAGCCUCUCUAGGCAACGCAAUGCCGGCAAUCACGUUCACCAGCACUACGAUUAUCCUACUUCGGCCAUUACUGUAGUUAAUAACAGUCUCCAAAAUGAGCGCCAGCCUAAAGUGAAAUUCAACCUUUAUCCGCCAAAACCCGUACACUACACCCCUCCAGAGUCACCCACCGGCUGGUCCGAUGAGGAAACGCCUUACUCAGAAUCUGAUGAAGAUUAUGACGAUGGGACCGCUAGCCUCAUCAGCUCACCGCGCGUGACAAACAGGGUGCGUGUGGCCCAACUGUCCUCUUCACCGUCACCAUCACGCAUUCAACCCCCGCCCCCAUCUGCGCACCCCAUCGGCAGCAGGUGCGACGUCCAUUCUUCCCGCAACAUCAACCUGCUUGCCCAGCACGUGAGAGACGAAGAGUCAGUCCAGUCUGAUGACAGUAGAUCCUUUGACUCCCUCUACUCCGAGGAUGCUAGCAGCACUCCGUACCCCACACACGGGGCGACCUACGUAAAUGAACUGAGCCAGCGAUUGCAGCAGCGACGUCUGAUUUAA